AUGAAGAUGCAUUUCUGCAUCCCAGUGUCCCAGCAGCGGCCCGACGCGCUGGGGGGCCGCUACGUGCUGUACUCCGUGUACCUGGACGGGUUCCUGUUCUGCAAGGUGCGCUACAGCCAGCUGCAUCGCUGGAACGAACAGCUGAGACGGGUGUUUGGAAAUUGCCUGCCACCCUUUCCACCAAAGUACUAUCUCGCAGUGACCGCAUCUAUGGCUGAUGAGAGAAGGGACCAGCUGGAACAGUAUUUGCAAAAUGUAACCAUGGACCCAAACAUGUUGAGAAGUGAUGUCUUCGUUGAUUUUUUGAAACUGGUGCAGCUGGACACAUUUAGCAUCACUACCAAGAAAGCGUCUCUGGAUAUAUUUCUGCCCGAUGGAAGGAGCAUUAAAGUCGAAAUUCUAACAUCAGAUACUGCCGAAAGAGUCCUAGAGGUGGUAUCGCACAAAAUUGGACUGUGUCAGGAGCUGCUGGGAUACUUUGGACUAUUUCUCAUUCGGUCUUACAAAGAGGGCAAGCUGUCUGUCAUUAAAAAAUUGGUGGACUUUGAGCUCCCUUAUGUUAGCCUUCGCAGUUCUGAAGUGGAAAACUCCAAGGUUGGACUCAGGAAGUGGUACCUGGACCCAUCCCUCGACUCCAGGCUGAUGGACUGCAGAGCAGCUGUAGAGUUGAUCUACAUGCAGGCGAUACAGGACAUUGAAAAAGAAUGGGCCAAACCCACAGAGGUGCAGAGGCAGAAAUUAGAGGCUCUCCAGAAAGAAGACAACCAAACUAAGUUUUUGGAGCUAUCCCAAGAGGUGUGGCGCUAUGGAUACAUGCAGCUGGAUCCCUGUACCUGUGACUACCCAGAACCCGGCUGUGGGACCAUUCUUUCUGUUGGCAAUAAUGAGAUCAGCUGCUGCAUAACCCUGCCUGAUAACCAGACCCAGGAUGUCAUUUUCCAGAUGAACAGAGUGAAGUGCUGGCAGGUCACUUUCCUUGGGACUCUGCUGGAUACAGAUGGGCCCCAGCAAACUCUCAACCAGAACUUAGAGUUCAGAUUUCAAUAUAGUGAGGAUAGUCACUGGCAGUGGUUUGUUAUUUACACCAAACAGGCUUUUUUGCUGAGUAGCUGCUUGAAAAAGAUGAUCUCAGAAAAGAUGGUAAAGCAAGCUGCAGAGAAUCCAGAAAUGCAGAUUGAAGUUCCAGAACAAGGCAAAAGUAAAAAACACCACAGUCAACAAAGCCAGAAAGACUAUUCUAGUUUUCUGCCAAGAAAAAGCAAGAUUAAGACAGCUGGAGUUGACUGUGGUUUGGGGACCAUAAAGGAAGAAGCUCUUUGA